AAAACACGACCAACUGAUUUUCAGCCACGCUUUCUUAGAAAAAUCUGGAAUUUAACGGCUCUUCUUCUUCUACAUUUCUAUACUCUCCGUCUACCCCAUUAUAUUCCCAGAAUCUUCUCAUCGAGUCACUAUUUUUCUUUGAUUCUCUCUCUAUUUUCCCUUGGCUCCUCACUUUGGAUUCCCGCAAACAAGAAGGAGUCGCUGCUAAAGAGUCUAAAAGCCUUCCGCUUUUCUUUCUUGUCAUUUAUCAACGUCCAGUCAUGUGUGUUAAGGAUUCUGAGGAGGUUACCCCAGAAAUCGAAAGCCUCGUCGACAAUUCCAACAUCAACAAGAAGCAGUCUUGGCCUUUGCAUUGUGAGAUCUUGCAUGCCCAGAUGGAUAAUUGGGAUAAAGACUCUUCCUUGAUUAGUUCCGGUGAUGGGAUCAGUCUCUGCAACUCGUUUCCUCUAGAUAGCAUCUGUGAGGAUCGAGUGGCUCUAGAGAGGAAACAUAAUAUUUUUCCUGUCCUUCGGUCAGGGGAAUGGUCUGACAUUGGUGGUCGGCCUUAUAUGGAGGAUACACACAUUUGCAUUAGUGACUUGGCAAAAGAAUUUGGUUACAAUUUACUUAGGGAGGAACCUGUUUCUUUCUAUGGUGUAUUUGAUGGGCAUGGGGGAAAGAAUGCAGCACAUUUUGUCCGGGAUCAUUUGCCAAGAGUCAUUGUUGAGGAUGCAGAUUUCCCAUUAGAACUUGAGAAAGCAGUCACAAGGUCGUUCGUUGAGACUGAUACAGCUUUUGCAGAGACUUGCACCCUUGAGUCUGGCCUCUCUUCUGGCACAACUGCGCUCACUGCAAUGAUAUUUGGGAGGUCUUUGCUUGUGGCAAAUGCUGGUGAUUGCCGGGCUGUACUGUCACGACGUGGAACAGCUGUAGAAAUGUCAAAUGACCAUAGGCCUUGCUGUGUUAAUGAAAGGACACGGAUCGAGUCCCUGGGGGGAUACGUUGAAGAUGGCUAUCUGAAUGGCCUGUUAGCUGUUACUCGAGCAUUAGGUGAUUGGCACCUAGAAGGGAUGAAGGUGAAGGGCGGCGAUAGAGGUGGUCCCUUGAGCGCUGAACCGGAGCUUAAAUUGAUUACUCUAACAAAGGACGAUGAGUUCUUGAUCAUCGGAAGUGAUGGAAUAUGGGAUGUGUUUUCCAGCCAAAAUUCAGUAUCCUUUGCUCGGAGAAGACUUCAAGAGCACAAUGAUGUGAAAUUGUGUUGCAAAGAAAUAGUAGAGGAAGCAAUAAAACGCGGAGCGACAGACAAUUUGACAGUUGUUGUCAUAAGCUUUCACUUAGAGCCACCUCCACAAGUGGCAGUAGAAAGGGGAAGAGUCAGACGAAGCAUUUCCGCCGAGGGACUUCAGAGUCUCAAAUGUCUGUUACAGGGGUAAUACUCAAAUUCUGAAUUCAUUUUCUUUUCUUUUUGGUCUCUGUAAAGUAAAACUAGUCAAUAAUGGGAAAGAGAUAUACUAGCUUUUACUCUUAAGUGUCUUAUUUGUGUACAUAAAUCACUCCGGAAAAGGAAAACUGAAAUUCUCCUGCCUGUUAAUUGUUGUUGAUUCAUUCAGUUUCAAGCAAAUGUAAUUGCAGGGACAUGAGAUUUGAAGGAUUGAACAAUUGAUACCAUUAUUUAUGACAUUGAACUUUUCUUUGUA